CCACAUAUACCACAUGGGCCGUGAUUCGAAGCACGCGUGCUCAGGCUAUUUUUUUUUUUAAAAAAAAAAAAAAUUUGCCGGCGUGCUGCUUCACCCAUACCACAUAUACACCCCCAUCUUCUUCACAGACAUUUUCACAAAUACGGAAGACAUGUUGUUGUUAUACUCAUCCCUCUCUCUUCUCGUCGUUGCCGUUGCUUUCAAGCUCAUCAUCCACCUUCAAACAACAACAACCAAACACCUCCCUCCCAGCCCACCUUCUCUUCCAAUUUUGGGUCAUCUUCAUCUCGUCAAAAAGCCCCUCCACCGGACUUUCCACAGCCUCUCGCAAAAAUACGGCCAGAUUUUCUCCCUCCGAUUUGGUUCCCGACUGGUGGUUAUCGUAUCGUCCCCAUCCGCAGUCGAAGAAUGCUUCACCACAAACGACAUCGUCUUAGCCAACCGUCCUCCCUCCCUAGGGGCCAAGCACCUCGGCUACAACCAGACCACCGUGACAGCAGCCCCCUACGGCGACCACUGGCGCAACCUCCGCCGCAUCAUCGCACUCGAGAUCUUCUCAACCACCCGCCUCAACAUGUUCCUGGGCAUCCGAAGGGACGAGAUCAAGCGCUUGCUCCGAAAACUGGGACACAACUCGUCCCAAGAUUUCACCAAGGUGGAGCUGAAAUCAAUGUUCUUGGACCUCACCUUUAACAUCAUAAUGAGAAUGGUGGCGGGGAAGCGGUACUACGGGUACGGGGAGGACGUGAAGGACGAGGAAGAGGCAAGGCAGUUUAGGGAGAUAAUGAGAGAGAUUGCCGAGAAUGGAGGGGCGUCGAAUCCUCAAGAAUUCGUGCCCAUGUUGCGGUGGAUUGAUUACGGUAGUUUAGAGAAGAGGCUGAUGAGGCUUGGCAAGACGACGGAUGCCUUCAUGCAAGGCCUUAUUGACGAGAAGAAGGGUAACGAAGAGGGACACACUCUGAUCCACCAUCUGCUUUCUUUGCAGAAAUCACAGCCAGAAUACUAUACGGACCAGAUUAUCAAAGGCCUUAUUAUGGUUUUGCUACUUGCCGGGACAGACACAUCAGCAGUGACAUUAGAGUGGGCUAUGUCCAAUCUACUUAACCAUCCUGACGUAUUGAAGAAGGCUAGAGUUGAGUUGGACAGUCAAGUUGGGAAGAAGAAUUUGUUGGACGAACCAGAUGUGUCUAAAUUACAUUACCUUCAAAGUAUAAUCUCAGAAACCCUUCGAUUGUACCCGGCGGCCCCACUACUAGUACCCCACAUGUCCUCCGAUGAUUGCACUGUGGGAGGAUACGAUGUUCCACGUAACACGAUGUUAUUGGUGAACGCAUGGGCUAUACAUAGAGACCCCAAGGUGUGGGAUGACGCAACUAGUUUUAAGCCUGAGAGAUUUGAGCAUGGCGAGUCUGAUUCGCACAAGUUGAUGCCAUUUGGGUUGGGGAGGAGGGCAUGUCCCGGGGCAGGACUCGCCCAACGGACAGUAGGUUUGACUUUGGGGUCAUUGAUUCAGUGUUUUGAAUGGGAGAGAGUUGGCAUGGAAGAAGUAGACAUGACUGAAGGCAAUGGAGUCACUAUGCCCAAAGCUUUGGCACUGGAGGCCAUGUGUAAGGCACGUCCCAUUAUGAGUAACUUCCUUUCCGAGUGUGUAGAUUCUGUUUGAAUUAACAUUGUCCUAGAGUUUGUUUUUUUUUUUUUUUUUUUUUUAUAAAAAAUGUCUUAGAUGUUUUUUAAUAAAAUAAAGAAAGAAAAAAAUAAUAAUAAGUCCUAUAGUUUUU